CGUUAACGAGCAUAUAUUUAUUUGGGUCAUACAUACUGUUACACGCAUCAUACCUAAUUUAUCGUAUUUAUUACUAAACAUAAGUAAUAUGACAGUGCUAUGCAAACCGUUCACUAAGCCAAACCUUGAUAAUCUGAAGCUUCUAUUAAUUUAAUUUUAUCUAUAAUAUAAACAAUUAUAAUAGCAAAAGAUUAUGUUAUAUGUGUGUAGUUAAUUAAUUUAAAUUAAAUAAUUUUAUUUAACAAAUAAAAAAUCUUUGGAACGUGUUUUAUUAAAUUUCCGUUUUAGUUUAUUAAAUAUGAAUACUCAAAAGUACGUAUUAGGAGUAGAUAUUGGCACUAGUUCGGUGAAAAUAUGUGUAGUAGAUUAUCAAACUCUAAAACCUGUCGAUUUUAAAUCGAUUCCAUGUCUAGCUAAAGUCAGCUCAAAUCAUCCAAAAGGAAAUGAACAAAAUGUGAUCACAAUUUUCGAAGCAUUUGUAAAAUGUUUAAGUGCUUUCCCAGAAAAUCUUUUAAAUCAGGUUUAUUCUAUUGGAGUUUGUGGACAAAUGCAUGGGAUAGUAUUUUGGAAUGAACAGUUUGUCUCAAAUUUUUGGAAUAAUGGCUUAAAGUUAAAAAUAUGUAACUCAGUUUCUAAUUUAUACACAUGGCAGGAUGCUCGAGUAGAUUUGACAUUUUUGAAGAAACUGCCAAAACCAGAGUCACAUUUGAAUAUUUAUUCUGGUUAUGGUUGUAGCACUAUAUUUUGGUUGAAAGAAAAUGAAUUAGACAUUUUUAAUCAAUAUACUUAUUGUGGCACAGUACAAGAUUUGAUAGUAUCAAUUUUGUGUAAUAGAAAAGAUUCAAUUAUGUCCACUCACAAUGCAGCUAGUUGGGGCUAUUUCAAUGUAAUUAAUGGUUCUUGGAAUAAAAAUAUUUUGGAAAGAGUUAAUUUCCCAGUACAUUUUUUACCCCAAGUUGUACCUCCAGGCAAUAUAGCUGGAACCUUAUUUAAGUCUCUAUAUGGAUUACAAAAAGGAACUAUGAUUGGAGUUGCUCUUGGGGAUUUACAAUGUUCAGUAUUAGCCACUUCACCCAUUGAAACUGACGCAGUUAUUAAUAUAUCUACAUCUGCUCAAAUAGCAUUCAUUACCAAACAUACUGAACAUGUAUUUGGAAGUAUUGAAUAUUUUCCUUUCUUUCAAAACUACUUUUUAGUGGUUGCAGCAUCUUUAAAUGGAGGAAAUGUGUUAGACAUAUUUGUUAAUUCUAUUUUAAAUUGGAUAGUAAGCCUUGGAUUAUCAAUAACUAAAGAAGAUUUGUGGAGUCAAUUAUUAAAAAGUUCAUCAGAAGAAUAUAUAAAUACAUCCCUUAUUGUUAGUCCAUUGAUGAUGGCUGAAAGACAUGAUCCCUUAACUUACGGAUCUCUGAUGAAUAUCACAAGUGAAAAUUUAACAAUUAAUCAAAUGUUUACUGGAAUUUGCCAAGGAAUAGUUAAAAAUUUGUACAAAAUGAUGCCUAAAGAAAUAUUAAUUAAAGAAAAUAUCCAACAAAUUAUUGGAACUGGAUCAGUUUUAACAAAUAAUGUUGUAAUAAAACAAGAAAUCCAAAAACUUUAUGAACUUCCUUUAAAUAUAAAAGUUACUGGAGAUGCAGCUUUUGGUGCAGCUUUAUCAAUGAUGAAUGAAGUCUUAUUAGUAAAUAUUAAGUAAGAAAGUUAUCUGACUAAUAAAAAUGUUGUUUUUAUUUAUAUAUUGUAUUACAUUAUAUACCAUGUUUCAUCACAAAAUCAAUAAAAAUAUUUUUAUCAUAAUUA